UUGUAACUGCUUUAUGGUGGCGAAACAAUAUCUUCGGGGAAUACCCAAAAAAACAAGAUAAUUAAUUAUUAACAAAUUGUUGAAAUAAUAUUGUUUAAUAUUAUAUGAUAUUGAUAGUGUGUUUUUGAAAAUCUGAGAUACUUAAUAUAAAAAGAAAGUAGUAAAAAUGAGUAUAUUAGAAGAAACCAGACUAAAAUGGUAUGAUAUUUUAGAGAGUUUGCUUGAAUGUCCCGUAUGUUGUGAAAUACCAGAAAGUAACAUUUUACAAUGUGCAUCGGGUCAUCACAUAUGCAUAUCAUGUCGUUAUCGAUUACAAAAUUGCCCAAUAUGUAAAAAUAAUUUUUCUAAUACAAGAAAUUUUUUUGCUGAAGAAAUGGCAAGCAAAUUGGAAGAAAUAAUGACAUCCCUUAUGUAUCCUACACAUAAAAUUAAUAGAAGAAUUCUUGAAAAUAAAAUGUGUGUAUUUACACAGACAGAAAACAUAUCUAAAGCAUCGGUAGAAGUACAAACUAGAAAUGUAUUAAUUUGGAAUAAUAAACAAACACAAACGAGUAAUACAUGGAUGGAAAAUAGAUCAAAACAAAAACAAAUAGAGAAAAAAAAGUUUCACUAUCCUAAAAUUGGAAAAGGGAAUUACCCAUGUUGUUUAGGUUCAUGUACCAUUUCAUUAUCAUUUGAAAAGAUAGUAGAACACUUAAAAUCUUUUCAUAAGGAUGUAUUUUAUGAAUUCAAGGAGAAUAAUGGAGUAUUUACACAAACUUGUGAAUUAGAAUAUAUGAUACCAAGAGAUCAUGAUUUAGCAGUUUAUGUAAGAAACAUGGGAUUGUUUUUUAUAAAUAUCAAAAUUCUUCAUACAGGCGAUUUGAGAGGUAUGAUUUUGCUUGUAAAUAGUGCUUCAGCAAGUAAACAAUUUACAUUUGAAAUAACAAUUGGAUUGGGGAGAAGAUCUGUGACAUACUCAGGAAUGGUAAAAACAUGCAGAGUAAUACAUCAACAAGCUAUGGAAGACUGUCUAUAUAUUAAAAAUUCUGAAAUGCAACAAAAAAGUAUGGUUCGUCACGAUGGUACAUUUAGCUGUAAUUUUAGUAUUAAGCGUUCUAAUUUAACAGAAACAGAUCAUGAUUUAGAAAAUCAUGAGUAACCAAAUAUCACAAAUUAUAUCUAUACUUUUAUUAUUGUUGUUAUUAUAAUAUUAAGGUUCGAAAGUUAAAACAGAUGUUUUUUGAUUGCACUUUAAAGAUCGUAUAUUUAAAAGUAAUUCAACAUAAUCAGUACUUUUGCUAUAAUGAAAGUAAUUAAUUUUUUGUUAUGUUAUUUAACAAGUUUUCUUUUUUUUUUUUUUUUGGUUUUUAAUCUUUUUUCUUAAUAAACGUUUUUGGCUACAAUUUCUAACAUUUAUUUCAAUUACUGCAACGGUCAUUAAAUUAUUUAUUUGUUAUUAUUUUAUAAAAUCUACUUAUUUUGUGAAUGUCUUUAUUAAAGUCUGUACAUCUUAUUUGUAAAGCAUUAUAAUAGCAUGGCAAUCUUUCCUUCUCUAAGACAAAAUGUUUUGUUAAUACAAUGAGUUAUAGAAAAUAAUUUUUGUUAACUGAAUAAUUCAAUUGAUUAUGUAUCAAACGAUUGGUAAAAUUAUAUUUAAUUUAAAUCAAUCUGAACUGUGCUAUACCAAAUGUUUAAAAUUACAAUAAUUUUAUGUUAAGUAAAUUAUCGUAGUUCGUUACACAGUACUUUGUUCAUAGAACUUGUAUUUCUGAAAAUAAAAUAUAAUAUUUCAAAUGUGA